UCAUUUUUCCAGAAAGAAAAAUUCUCUUUUUACUUCCUUCCGACUUAUCCACUGACUCCUCCUUCUAUUUUUUGUGCCAAUUGAUUUAUCUCUCACUCAUGGGUAAUUUCGCCAAAUCGAAGGAUAUGGGGCAAUAGAAUUUUAAGCAAAGCAGCAACUCGUGUUUGUCGACCUUAAAUGCGAAAAGUUGCAGAAAUGCUUUCCCUAUGGCACAUGAUGGUCGAUGACGUUUAGCAACACCAAAAUCACCAUAAAGGUGUUGAGGGGUGAGGAUGCACAGAUCGGACUCACUGCACCGCAGAAGGAUCCGAACUCCGCGAGCGAGUUGAGAUUAAAAAAAUUGGUGAGUAUCGGAGAAGCGGAAAUUGAUUCGUGAGAAAGCGGGUUCGAUGGAAAGUGAGUGGGAGAGGGAAGAGGAGGUGGAGAUGCGGUGGCUGGAAACAAUGAGAGGGUCGAUUGGGUCGUCGAGGAAUAAGGGAACAAGAAGAAGAAAGGUAUGUUGGGACGAAGGUAGCGACUAACGAAUUUAAAAUGCAAUGAUGCUGACAUGUGAAAUUUUAAUUGAUGUGGCAUAAUAACAGCAGUUUGAGACAGGUGAUUUCAGUUCAAACAGUAGUUGAUAUCGACGGUAGAAGCAGUGGUUGACGGUGGCAAGGUAGUAGGUUGCGUUAUUGAUAUCGACGGCGACGAAGGUGGCCCAGGUGAAGAAGACUGGAACAUGACCACAAAAUUCAAUGAUCCUUCACCCCAAAAUUACUAUGGGCAAUAUCGACAUUCUAAUUUAAGGGUAAUAUGGACAUUCAAUAUUGUAAUAUAUAUAUAUAUAUAUACCCUCGUGAAUUCUGGCAUGCCACAACACUUCCAGUGAUCAUCUUCUCCAUCCAGAACGAACAAAAAUGGAGAAUUCGACCCAAGAAUCCCACCUCCGAUCCGAAAACUCCGUGAGCUACGAAUCCCCCUACCCAAUCUACGGCAUGUCGUUCUCCCCUUCCCACCCCCACCGCCUGGCCCUCGGCAGCUUCAUUGAAGAAUACACCAACCGCGUUGACAUCCUCUCCUUCCACCCCGACACCCUCUCCCUCACCCCCAACCCUUCUCUCUCCUUUGACCACCCUUACCCUCCCACCAAACUCAUGUUCCACCCCCGCAAACCCCCCUCCUCCUCCUCCGACCUCCUCGCCACCUCCGGCGACUACCUCCGCCUCUGGGAGGUCCGCGACAACUCCGUGGAGGCCGUCUCCCUUUUCAACAACAGCAAGACCAGCGAGUUCUGCGCCCCCUUAACCUCCUUCGACUGGAACGAUAUCGACCCCAACCGCAUCGCCACCUCCAGCAUCGACACCACCUGCACCAUCUGGGACAUCGAACGCACCCUCGUCGAAACCCAACUCAUCGCGCACGACAAAGAGGUCUACGACAUCGCAUGGGGAGAGGCCAGAGUCUUCGCCUCCGUCUCCGCCGACGGCUCCGUUAGAAUCUUCGACCUACGCGACAAGGAGCACUCCACCAUCAUCUACGAGAGCCCCCACCCUGACACCCCUCUGCUCCGUUUGGCUUGGAACAAACAGGACCUGAGGUACAUGGCUACUAUUUUAAUGGACAGUAAUAAAGUUGUGAUUUUGGAUAUUAGGUCUCCCACUACCCCUGUUGCGGAGUUAGAGAGGCACCGUGGGAGUGUGAACGCUAUUGCUUGGGCUCCUCAUAGUUCCACGCAUAUUUGUUCUGCUGGGGAUGAUACUCAGGCUCUUAUUUGGGAUUUGCCCACUCUGGCUUCUCCCACUGGGAUUGAUCCCGUGUGUAUGUAUUCUGCUGGCUGUGAAAUUAACCAGCUGCAGUGGUCUGCCGUGCAGCCCGAAUGGAUUGCCAUUGCUUUUGCCAACAAGAUGCAGCUUUUGAAGGUUUGAGGUGAGUCGAGGGAGAAUAAACACAAUUCUAGUUACUCAAACUUGAUUGUGGGAUAGAUAGGACUCCUUUCGCGGAUGCUGCAACUUCUUAGUUCUCGUGGCUUGUGUAUAAGAGUGAGUGAGUUAGUACUAUAUAUAAUACUAUUGUAGUUGUUGACUGUAAACUAGUUUGCCCUCCUCAUGUUUUACUUGUAGCGAAAUUGAUGAUCAAUUUGUCUGUUGAGGAUAGCUUUUAGAUACAUGUAUGUCCUGUUCAGGAUUUAAGAUUCCAUGUCUGUUGAUGUGGAAGCCAUAACUAUUAGUUUCUUAGUAAACAUGAAAAAUCACAUGUCCAGAUGAUAGUUGUAAAAUGUUCAGUGUAUGUAUUAGCAUUUGAUUGUUAUUAAACUCCCUACCUCUGAUAUGUAUGGAUCUGUAUUUUUGACUUUUGACCA